UGGCCGGAAUGGCUGCUGCAAACAAGUUGGCAGCACCCCACAAUGUUCGUGUUAGCCGGUCGGAAUUUAGCAGGUUUUAUUCGAAAUCGAGGCAUUGCAAUUAGCUGUGCUAGAAUGGCAAGCGAAGUUGAUAAGGCGCAAAGCGCUGCGCCUUCCGAAGACACCAUUUUUGGCAAGAUUCUACGCAAGGAAAUACCAUGCAAAUUUAUCUACGAAGACGAGAAAUGUGUGGCAUUUAAUGAUGUUUCCCCACAAGCUCCCACCCAUUUUCUGGUCAUUCCUCGCAAGCCGAUUUCGCAGCUUUCACUGGCAGAAGACGGAGACGCCGAACUGUUGGGUCACUUGAUGUUGGUGGGUCGCAAAGUGGCCAAGGAAGUUGGUCUGGAGCAGGGUUAUCGGGUGGUGAUUAACAAUGGCCAACACGGCGCUCAGUCCGUUUACCAUUUGCACCUGCAUUUCCUGGGCGGACGCCAGAUGCAGUGGCCACCUGGCUAAAAAUUAUAACAAA